AUGAACGCGCAGAUAGCGUAUGAGAUCUAUAGCGCAAAGAGAAGCAUGCUAGAGAACAAGUCCAUGGAAAGUGCCCUUGUGGCUGCAAAGUACGGCAUUAGCUCCAAGACAGUCCGAGAUAUCUGGGACCGAAGGACAUGGGCGGACGCGACGAUCGAGCUGUGGACCGAGAGGGAGAGGGAGGAGUACGAGUCACAAGAGAGGAGGAACCCCGGGCGACCACCUGGAUCGAAGGAUACCAAACCGAGGAAGAAGAGAGGAGGAGUGGCUGGCAUGAGUGGCCUGCACAAAGCUUGCUCCUCCGGGUUUUCGAUUUCGGACAACACGGAUAACAAUUCAUGCAGGUCAAGCGUCACAGCAGACUCGUCCAGUGCGGAUGACAUCAGUAAAGUUUUCAACGUUGAUCAGAACUUUUUUCAAGAUUCCGAUGAGCAGUCCUCUUCGGGAGCAGUAGCACCGAGCACGGAGCUGUUGGAAGCAAGCAUCGUACCCAUGGACGUCAACGAUGCUGGAGGGGAGGCAACAAGAGGGGAGGCAGCAGCCAACGGAGACGUACAAACAUUACUGGAUUCAGAGCAAAGGAGACUGAUCGGGGAGACGUACAGGAAUCAAAGCGCUCAGUUGCUGAAUGGAAGCAGUGACGAAUGGUUCGUCCGGCCCGAGCUGUGUGGCAUUAAUGAUUUCUUGCAAGAAUCGAGCGAGUCGAGUGAUACCUGA